UCGGUCUGGCUCUGGGAUUUAUGUCGAAGGACAAGUUCCGUAAAAUGUCUGAAGGUCAAUCCUCCUCCUUCACCCAGCAGCCCCAGGACCAAGUGGUGGUGGCGGGGAGGCCAGUGAGUCUACUAUGUGCCAUUCCUGGGUACCAUGGCAUUGUAUUAUGGAUCAAGGAUGGACUGGCACUUGGUGUGGGCCGAGACCUCUCCGGGUACCCUCGUUACUCUGUAGAGGGCGACCAUCUGUCAGGGGAACACCACUUGAAGAUUCAGCGAGCAGAGCUUCAGGACGAUGCGUUGUACGAAUGCCAGGCGAUACAGGCCGCCAUCCGAUCGCGUCCAGCCCGCCUCACCGUCCUGGUUCCCCCUGAUGAUCCGGUAAUUAUUGGCGGCCCGAUAAUAAGCCUACGAGCCGGAGACCCGCUGAAUUUAACCUGCCACGCGGACAACGCCAAACCAGCGGCGACCAUAAUCUGGAUGAAGGACGGCGACGUGCUGAACGCGGCCACAUACUCCAAGACCACACAGCGGGAUGGAAAGAGGGAAAGUAUAACAAGCACGCUCUUCGUGUCACCCACGGAUAUCGAGAACGGUCAGUCCAUCACAUGUCGUGCCACUAAUAAGGCGGUUCCAGGAGGAAAAGACACAACGGUCACCAUCAACAUCCAACAUCCACCGCUGGUCAACCUGACCGUGGAGCCGCAGCCCGUGCUGGAGGAUAACGUGGUGAAGUUUCACUGUGCAGCCAAAGCCAACCCAGCAGUUACACAAUACAGGUGGGCAAAAGGUGGACAACUCCUAAAGGAGGUGACCGAAGAAACCUUUGAGACGGUGGUGGAUUACUCCUUCUUCAUGGAGCCGGUGUCGUGCGAGGUCACCAAUGCCCUAGGCAGCACCAACGUCAGCAGAACAGUGGAUGUAUAUUUUGGACCUAGGAUGACAUCAGAACCAGAAUCCGUUACCGUGGACCUUGGAUCUGAAGCCACCUUUCACUGUGCGUGGACUGGUAACCCCUCGCUGACCAUUGUCUGGAUGAAGCGUGGCUCUGGAGUGGUGCUAAGUAAUGAAAACUCCCUGACUUUGAAAAACGUGCGCCAGGAGGAUGCUGGGAAGUAUGUGUGCCGUGCCGUGGUUCCUCGGGUAGGCGCCGGUGAGAGGGAGCUCACCCUGACAGUGAAUGGUCCUCCUAUCAUCUCCAGCACUCAGACGCAGCACGCCCUGCAUGGCGAGAAGGGACAAAUCAAGUGUUUCAUCCGCAGCACUCCUCCCCCGGAUAGGAUAGCCUGGUCCUGGAAGGAAAAUGUCCUGGAAUCAGGAACGUCGGGUCGAUACACGGUGGAAACGGUCAGCACAGACGAAGGCGUCAUCUCCACCCUGACCAUCAGCAACAUCGUGCGGGCCGACUUCCAAACCAUAUACAACUGCACGGCCUGGAACAGCUUCGGCUCAGACACGGAGAUCAUCAGACUCAAAGAACAAGGUCGGAACAUGCAGUCAGGAGCCAGUAUGGAGCCAGAGUCAGUCCCGGUCACCGUGAUCAUUGGCGUGGCUGUCGGUGCCGGCGUGGCGUUCCUUGUUCUCAUGGCAACAAUUGUGGCGUUCUGCUGCGCUCGCAACCAGAGAAAUCUGAAAGGCGUGGUAUCUGCCAAAAAUGACAUCCGAGUGGAGAUUGUUCAUAAAGAGCCAACGACGGGGCGAGAAACUGAAGAGCAUUCCAGCAUGAAACAGCUGAUGAUUGACAGAGGGGACUUCCAGCAAGACUCCGUCCUGAAGCAACUGGAGGUCCUGAAAGAGGAGGAGAAGGAGUUUCAGAAGGACCCCACCAAUGGCUACUACAGUGUGAACACAUUCAAAGAUCACCACUCAACUCCAACCAUCGCUUUAUCCAACUGCCAACCAGACGUCCGACCGCCCAACAAGCAACGGGUUCCCACAGGCAUGUCCUUCACCAACAUCUACAGCACCCUGAGCGGACAGAACCGCCUAUACGAUUACAGCCAGCGUUUCGUCCUCGGUAUGGGCAGCAGCUCCAUCGAGCUGUGCGAACGGGAGUUCCAGAGAGGAUCCAUGAGCGACAGCAGUUCCUUCCUGGACACUCAGUGCGACAGCAGCGUCAGCAGCAGCGGGAAGCAAGAUGGCUACGUCCAGUUCGACAAGUCCAGCAAAGCCUCGGCAUCUUCCUAUUCCCAAUCAUCUUCUCAAAACUCUGACCCUAGCCGGCCACUUCAGAGGAGGAUGCAGACACACGUGUGACUUGCCCGAGGCAACCAGGGGCCUUAUCCGACACAUAAGGGGGACGGGAAAAGAGGAACGACCGUUGGGGUGCUAUUUUGGUUGUGGCGUAUGGCAAGGGACUUCGAAAUUCUUGAAGCCCUGAAUAAGGGAGUGAGCCUCUCUCGCUGAGAUAUUUAUUUAGUUUUAUAUUUAUAUGAAA